AUGGUACGUGCAGACGGUGAAAAUGAAUCGUCUGGAGCUAACAAGGAGCUCGGUAUUCAGGCUUCGGAGCGAAGCCCUCUGUUGCCCACGACGGGUCCUUCACCGGCUCACAAUGACGAUGACCCCGUCACCAACAAGAUCAGCAGUACGAGCCGAUGCAAUUCACGUCUCGGUGGUGCUUGCAUAUUCCUCUGGACCCUCGUCGCCACUGCUACCUUCAUCGUGAUCGCCGUCUGGACUCAACACAGUCAGCAGACAUCUAACGAGGACUUCCGAUCGGUCAAGCGCAAUCUUGUUUUCAUGGUUUCGGAUGGCAUGGGGCCUGCCUCUCUCUCUUUGACACGUAGCUUCCGUCAGCAUGUAGAUGGACUAGCUGAGGACAGCAGCCUUGUCCUCGACAAGCACUUCUGGGGUUCGAGCCGGACCAGAUCCAGCAACUCGUUGGUCACCGAUAGCGCCGCGGGGGCCACCGCCUUUUCCUGCGGCAGGAAAAGCUACAAUGGCGCCAUCUCGAUGUUACCGGACUUGCAACCAUGCGGAUCGGUGCUCGAGGCCGCCAAGAGGGCCGGAUACAUGACGGGCCUAGUGGUCACGACGGACAUCACUGAUGCUACUCCUGCAUGCUUUGCCAGUCAUGUUCAGCUACGUCAACUGCAGGACGAGAUUGCAUUGCAAGAGGUUGGCCACGGGGUACUGGGGCGCUCGGUGGACCUCAUGCUUGGGGGUGGCCGCUGCCAUUUUCUCCCCAACACCACGUCGGAAAGCUGCCGAAUGGAUGAACUCGAUGUUACAAUGCUAGCCCAGGACAAGUACGGCUGGACGUAUGCUAACAGCCGCGAGGAAUUUGAUGCUCUCAAAGGUGGCGACAAUGUCAGCAUUCCCCUACUUGGACUCUUUGCUUCUGCAGAUAUUCCCUUCGAACUCGAUAGGAAGCACAUGGGCGAUACUUAUCCCAGCCUCAGUGAGAUGGCCAAGACAGCGAUGCGAGCGCUGGAGCGGGCUACCGCCAACAGCGACAAGGGCUUCUUCCUCAUGAUAGAAGGUAGCCGUAUCGAUCACGCUGGCCACAUCAACGAUCCUGCCGCUCAAGUUCAUGAGGUUCUCGAAUACGACAAGACGUUCAAGGCUGUCAUCGACUUUAUCGGCCAAAGCAAGACGAAGGGAGUCCUCGUGGCCACCAGUGAUCAUGAGACUGGCGGUCUUGCCACAGCGCUCCAGGAGCCCGGACACCUGCCAGUUUACAACUGGUACCCACAAGUCCUCGCCAAUGUCUCGGCAUCCUGUGAAAGGCUGGCGGCCAAGCUGCGACGCUUUGUUGACAAGUCACCUCCAUCCUUGUCGGAAGCAGACCUGAAGUCUUGGAUCAAUAGUGAGUUGGUGGUCCCCGGCCUUGGCAUCUCCGAUGCCACAGACGACGAACUCACCCGUCUCGCCAACGACCCCGAUGCUUCGGUCAAUACAUUUGCCGCCAUUCUCUCACUUCGGUCACAUAUCGGCUGGAGUACGCAUGGCCAUACCGCCGUUGAUGUCAAUAUUUACAGUUCUGGUGGCCCGGAGACGGAGAAGAUCCGCGGCAACGUCGAGAACACUGAUGUUGGCAAGUUCCUUGGCCACUACUUGGACGUGAAUGUUGACGAAAUCACGGAGGAGCUCCGGGAGAAGAUGGACAAGGGCAGCGUCACUGCGCUUGAUGCCACGUCACUAGAGUGGGGAAAUGGUUACCAUGUUGCGGAGAGCAUGCGAGAGUGGCGCGUUCGCUUGACAUAG